AUGGACAUCAAGCCAGAGACAGAUGCCAAAAUGGAGGCCAUGGCUCCUGUUGAAACUGAGACUGGUGCUCUGCGGCCACCUCCUGUCGCUGUGUCCUCGGUGGGCGUCAGCCCCGAGAACUUUGCCAGGGUUUGUCAGGAACACGUUGACAAAUUGCUUGCCGAGUUUGGAGGGCCCACGCAAUACCUGCAAGCAAGGUAUGCCGGCCCGGAAGAAGUGAAGGGCUUUGCAGAUCAACUUGAUUUGGAGUUUCCACCGGACCCGGCUAUUGCAUAUCAUGCGGGCCCGCUUCCAACUGAUCCAGACCGGCUGGUACCCUUGCGAUUGAAAGAUCUGGGUUUUGGGAGCCGCUGCUCGAGCAAACCUUUGCCGUUCAGGUUGACGGCCAAGCAGCUCAUCGACGAGUACUUGACCAAUAACUUUAUCAGUCGCAGUGACCCCAUCCUGCUGGUGGAGCGCCCUGAUGCCUUUGACUACUUUUGGACGAACUAUGUCAAGGGCGCAGCCCGUUCUGCGACCUUGCUGAUGUUGGCUUCUGUGGUGAUGGAGCAGGGCUGGGAUUUGUCCAUCCUGAAUCCUGCUCUUCAAGCGUCCAUGGUGACAAUUUUUGCCAGGCAUGAGCUGAUGAUUGCUGAUUCGGAAGCGGUUGCGUUUGCCAACGCCCGCUUGAGUGCACGUGGCUCCAUCCGCCGUGCUCAUUGCACUUUGACCUGGCUAGGUGUCUUCCAGGCGCUGCAAAAGAGUGGGCUCUCGGCUCCAGAGGUUUUGAAGAGGUGGAACCAACAAGCCACUUCAGCAUCUCAGGUGACUGGGAUGAGAAGGGUGGCUCUGCUCAACUUGCUUGGCAUGAGCGCAGAAAUCGUUGACGCCCUGCUUGCCCAUUUGAGCGCUCAUGCUGGGUCCACUGCCUUCCAGGAGGAUGCCUUUGCUAACAAAAGGCUUGUCAUUGGAGCUGCCCCGAGAACCAGCUCAAAGGAGUGGAACCAACGCUUGUGUGUCACCUCGGAAGGCAUGCUUAUGAUGAUCCGGUUCAUCAGCCACGCCCAUGAGCGGAAGUUGCCUGGCGCACGCUGCAAAUACGACAAGCCUUCCUUGGAAGAGGCCCUGAACAUGUCACAGCUCUUGGUGAGCGCCUUGACAGAAGCCGCCCAGCAGUAUCCCAUUCACCAGGAUGCUGCAAGCCAAGUGGUCCAAAGCUUCUUGGAUGGCAACAUGGCCUUGGAACUGGAGCUUCAGUCAGCAUUGGCGGAAAGGUCUUCCAAGUGGACAUGUUCAGACUUGCCCACCAUUAAGAAGCUGAUUUCAGAGCAUGUGUCGGAGUCCCACGCGCACUUGCAAAAGCUUGGCAAGAACACGGCGGUGGAAGCUGCAGCCCUGGAAAGACAAGAGUUUGACUUGGUGAUGCAAACUUUGGACCAUGAUCUUGAUGUGUGGAAGGCGCACUUGACCCGAAGCAAGGAUAGACAAGCCGCCGUGCAUUUUCAACUCAUGCAGCACCGGCAGAAGCGUCUUUCGGCCUCCAAGGAGCUGGCUGACAAGCAAAUCGACCAAGUGACCGCCCUUAUGCCUUUGGACACCGCUCAGGAGACCUUCAAGCUUGUGGAAACCAAGGUGAAGCAGAUCUGCCAAGUUCAACAACUCAGCGAUCCCAAUCAGAUCCAAACACUGGUGGUGCUGAAUUGGGCGGCUCCAUGCUUGUUCACGGCUGAGCAUCAGAGGAAUUUGAUCCUGCCUGGCCGCUUGCUUUUGCCUGGAGAUUGUGACGCUGGCAAGGCCACCUAUCUGCGCUGGAGGAAAUCGCCUGUCUUCGCACGCGGCCUGCUCGAGGAAAGUGAGCUGGUCCACACGAAGGACAUGCUGAUUGUGGAAGAUCUUUCUGAUGUGGCCCUGCCACACACCACCGAUCCAAGCGCGCAUAUGAAUCCACCUGAAAAGGCGCAACAGAUUGGGCCUGCAGCUGGCAGGUCUUUGCUGAAGGCUUUUUUUGGCGGUGGCCAAAAUGAUGGAGAUCGUAAGGCCCUCCUGGUCAUUGAUCUCACCCCUCACACUGGGGAUCUGCUUCGGGCUUUCUUGUCGGAGCAUUGCGCCCAAGCCUUCCCUGCACCGGCCUACUACUAUGGUCUGACCGUGGACGAGAGUCACGCUGAUUGGCUGCGUGCUCUUGCUUCUGGCUUUUUGUCGGAGGGCUUCCUCAAAGUUGAAGGCUCAACGGAUCUGCCAUUGCCUCCUGGAACCGCCUUGCCACCUGCUGAGAUGCCAGCUGAAUUGAUGCAGGCAUCUCCUGAGCCUCCAAAGUUGAAUUCCCUGGUCAUCACAGACAAAAUCAAGGUGGAUGGAUUGGCCACUGCCAAGGUCCCUGACAAGUUAUUGGAGAGCUGGCAUGACCAUCAGCGGUUUGGGUCUGAAUUCCGAUCGUGGUUGGAAAAGGCCCGUGUGCCUGAGAACUUGAUCGAUGUCCCCCCAGAAAAGGCCGAUGCCAAAGGUGCCAAUGAUAAGAAACGUACCAUUGGAGGCCAAGGUGGAGGAUCGACCAAAGCUGUCAAGGUAGAGGCCCCUUCCAUCCAGAUUGAUGCGGCCAACAGCCCUGCUUGGAGCCCCAGUUUCAUCGCUGCGGAGGAGCUUCCAUCCCCACUUCAUCAUGAAGCAGCGCUUCCUGGACAAGGCCGCGGACGCCCUGGUGCUAUGGUGUGCAUUGUGAUCGGUGAGAGGAUUUUCCUCACAAAUCGCACCACCGUGGACCAAGUGAUUCCGCCUGGCACAUGCUUGGCUGGUUUCUUCAAGGGUUGCUGGUGGCAUGAUGGUGGCGAUGCUACCCGAACUACGAAAAAAAGCAAAACUCCAGGAACUCACAAGGAGGUGGAUGAAAGAAAGGACAUUCUUUUCACCUUGGAAUCCUCCAAUGAUUUGAUUCAGGUUGGACCUGGCUUGGUGACCCUGGGCCAAUCAGUGGCUGAGAAGCAGUCGUCCAUGCCCUCUGUCAAGGUGGCUUACCACACCAUCAAAGAGAGUCCGACCGCUGCGAACCCUGCUUUCUUCAAGCUCACUCGAAACCAUGACAUGUACUUCCAGGUUGGCGACAUCAAGAUUGAAGAUCUUUGUAUGCAUGGGCUUUGUCGAAGAAACAAAUUCCGGGCAGUCGAGGAAAAACAUGGUGAGAAACAGAAAGUCCUACCGCUGCACCACUUGGCUGGAUUGGUGCCUUGGCAUGUGUGGGAAGGCCCGGCAAGCCACAUCGUCUGGAAUGUGAAAUGGAGCGCGACCAAAGGGCUUUUGCCGGUGCGCCCCGUGGUGCUGAGCAAGUGUGAAAUCAAGCUUCCUGCUGGGAAGGCGGUCGAGAUCAGUGGUAACGCCAAGGGGAAUUCUGAGGCGGCUGCAUGA